GGGCGAGCAGACGUCAUAAAGUGAUGGGUGGUGUUUGAAGGGCACUCGUGUGCAGCUGCCUUAGUUAAUUUGGAUUUACUCUGAGCAUACGGUGACGCGUGCCAUGGGUGCCUCUGUGUGCUGGUGCAGGCGUAUUGCCUGCUGGAAAGUGUCUGGGAGGGCCGGGAGUUGCUCAUGAGGGCUAGGAAGGCUCAUAAUAUUGCUGAUCAGAAGGGAGGGUGAGGUCUUGCAGCCUGCAGCUUGUGUUCUUCCCAUGUGUGCCCUUUCUUCACUGCCACAAGGACAACAGUCAGUGCACGAGCAUUGUGUUGAGUGGACAUGCCAUCACAAGCCAUCAAGCCCACCUCCCUUGGGAUGACAGGAAUCAGAAAUAAUGAUACCUGGACAGAUGGCCUUCCCAUCUGCAAGCUUUCAGGUGUGGGCAUGUCAGCCAAUCAGAUGUACAGGGAGGAUGGAACACCGUGCUCUGAACAUGAGUAUGAAGACCGCAGCAUCCAUUUCUGCCUUGACCAGCAAAAUAGCACUUACCUCUAUGGAGUGUUUGAUGGACAUGAUGGAGCAAAGGCAGCUUACUUUGCUUCACAGAGGAUGCCAGCAGAGUUAAGUUUUGAACAGCUAACUGGAAAAACAAGCGAGGAAGAUGUGAAGGAAGUGUUCCGAGAGGCUUUCCUAGCAGUGGAAAAUGCCUUUCUUGAAUCUGUUGAUCCCAAAAUAGCUGAGCGUACUCAGCUCCUUGACAAGAUCCCAGAUGGAAUGUCCCAGUUUGAGGUAGCCAAAAAAUUUCCAGAAACUGUCAGCAGACUGCAGGUCCUUGACCAAGAAAUACGUGGAGGCACAACAGCAGUGGUGGCGCUGAUGCAUGGUGGUGUUCUCUAUGUGGGCAAUUUGGGAGAUUCACGUGCACUGCUCUGCAAGAAAGACAGAUCAGGUGUACUGAAGGUCAGACAACUCACAGCAGACCACACCACUAGCAGCCAUGAUGAAAUUCAGCGCCUUGCUGCCCUAAAUUUGCCAGCAUCCAAAAUAAAAGGAGCAAAGUUUGGUAACCAUGAACUGACUCGAUGUAUUGGCAACUACUUUGUGAAGGGUGGCUACAAGGAGUUUGACAUCCUAAGCUUGGCCACCUCAGAACCAGUCAUCGCUGAGCCUCACAUCACAUGUUUGCCCAUUGAUGAAUCUUGUAGUUUCCUACUGCUGAUGAGUGAUGGGCUUUACAAGUCUUAUCAAGAUUCUACAGGAUCUGAACAAGUUAAUAAGGAAAUUGCCCAGAUGGUGGUGGAGCAGUUUGUGGAACAGCCAACCCUGACCAGUGUGGCUCAGACUGUGGUGGACAAAGUGGUACGACUGCACCAUGACAACUACCUCACUAAGCGAAGUAAUGUCACCUUCAGGGAUGACAUCAGCCUUAUUAUUCGCAACUUUAACUUCCAGCUGCGUGGUGCCCUCACCCCUGGUCCCACCUCCCCUCGUCCCCCACCUAGACCUCUGAUUCGUCCACCACCACAACAAAAGGACUACUUGUCUUCCUCCUCCAGCAGUGAGGACAUGACCCUCUGUGAGGACUCUGAUGUCUUGUCAGAACUGCCAGAUGCUCGGCUUCUCCCUGGAGGACAGGGCCAUCGCCUUGACUGUCUGGAUGGGGUUGUCCACUCUGGGGACCUACACACCACUGACACCAAUACCACUUCCACUGAAUCAUCUUAUCUCCAGAACCCCAGUCUCACACAGUUUUCCCUAGACGAAGAUGGCAGGAUCCUUCCAUAUGUUAAUUUUGAUCUCUACUAUCAGGCAGUAGAUGAUGCCAGAGAGGCUGGUCUCAUCACAGACUCUCAGAUUCACAUGUACAAAUGAUCCCACUCGAACUCUCAUCAUCCCCACACUCACAUACUUAUACAUAUGGAAAAGAGUCUCCAAUUUCUAGUCAGUAUUGUUACUUGUUUUCCAAUUCACUGCUCUGAAAAACAGGAAUUGAGCUGUUCAGUGAAGUAUGAAAUGACAAUGUAUGAUGCGUGAUGUGAAAAAUAGGAUAGAGGACCAAAAUGUAGCAUUUGAUGCAUAAAAAAUUUACAUAUUUUUUUUUCACUGGAAGUUGAACUGAGCAAAAUGUCUGAUUUUGUGGGUUUUAUGAGCUGAGUGUUGACUGGCUAUUACCAAAUAUUCACAACUGAUUUUUGUUUUAUUAUUUUAUUGAUUUUGCAAUAAGAGUGUUUUGCCAUGUUUCACAAAUGAUAAAAAGGCAGUAAUUAUCACCUGAUUCAAGCCUAUCAUAAGAAAUAAGGAAUUGUUAAAUACACUGACAAAGGCUUUGCUGACAUUACUGUCAGGUGUGCGAGUUAGAGAGGGGAGGAGGCAGGCAGCAGCGUUUUACCAGAAAUUAGGUAGCUUCCUCUUCUUCCUCUCUUUCCUCACCAUCCACAUGUCACCAACUAUAAACAAGGGUAAAUUACAGUAGUUUUAUUUAAUUUAGUGUUAUUUGUCUCUGUUAAAGGAUGGGUAUUUC